AUGUCAAAUAUAAUUAUCGAUAAGACUGAUGAAAUUCAAUCUUAUGAAGAUUUUCUCGAAGAUUUCAAAGUAGAUCCCUCAGUAACAAUUUUAUCUAAAAAUUGUUUAUCACUUCUAAAUGAAUAUGCGCAAUUAAAUGGACAUGUUCUAUUAUUUCAAGUUAUUUCACAAUCAGGACAAAGUCAUCAACCAAUUUUUGCAAUAGCUGUUCUUCUUGAUGAUCGACAAUUUCCAGCUGCAUCAGCAACAACUAAACGCGAAGCAUCUAUACAAGCAGGCUAUAAAGUUUUAUAUCAAUUAUGUUUAGAUGCAAGACAAACUCAAAGAUUUAUUACUGAUACUAAUUGUACAUUAUUUGAUCGUAUUGCAUCAAAAAUUUUAUCAACAUAUCGUGAUUUAUGCCUUAGUGUUCAAUUAGAACUUAUAGGUUGUAAAGUUCUUGCUGGUUUUGUUUUAGAAGAAAUUGAUAAACAAACCUUGACUGUUAUUUGCUUAGCAACAGGUAAUAAAUCUGUUGGUGGUUCAGUUUUAUCAUCACAAGGAUUAGUUGUUCAUGAUAGUCAUGCUGAACAAUUAGCACGUCGAGGUUUUAUUAGAUAUUUAUAUCAACAAAUAGAUUAUUUUCAAAAAAAACAAGAAUCAAUAUUUGAAAAAACAACUGAUGAUAAAUUUAUAUUAAAAUCAACAAUGCGUAUUCAUUUUUAUACAUCGUUUGCACCAUGUGGUGAUUCAGCAUUAUUUACUCCUCGAGAUAAAAUAGUUGAAGCAACAGUAAAAGAUGAACAUGAAUUAUAUCGUACAGCACGUGUACAAGGUCAACUUCGAUCUAAAAUUGAAAAUGGUGAAGGAACAAUUCCAACAGAAAUAAAAAGUAGUAUUUUAUCUCUUGAUGCAAUUACAAAUGGUAAACAUAUUCGACAUAUGUCAUGUUCAGAUAAAAUCUUUCGUUGGAAUGUUUUGGGUAUUCAAGGUGCACUUCUUUCACACAUAAUACAACCUAUAUAUCUAAAUUCUAUUACAAUCGGUUUUCCAUUCCAUUAUGGUCAUUUAUGUCGAGCAUUAUGCUGUCGAUUACAAGAUUAUUUUCAUUCAAAUCCAUUACCGGAACCUUAUCGUUUAAAUCAUCCAUUGAUUGGACAUACAAACUUCAAAUGGAAAGAAGAAAUAAAUAGAAAUACGAAUUCCGAUGAUAGUCUUAAUUGGAAUAUUGCUGAUAAUAAUAUUGAAUUAAUUGAACCAUCAACAGGAAAACGAAAACCAAAUAAUGAAAUAUCUCGUUUAUGUAAAUCAGAAAUAUUUCAAUUAUAUAAAAAUUUAAAUACAACCGAUAGGAAAAGUUAUUAUCAAAUGAAACAAACAUCUAGUAUAUAUCAACAAUGUAAAUAUCAAAUGUUUCGUGGUUUUGAACUUUAUUAUUCUACUGGAUGGAUAUCAAAAGAUCCUUCGCUAUCAAUGUUUUUAUAA